AAUUUAUUCCCAAUUUUGUUAUUAAUUAUAUUAAAUUUACAUUAUAAAUGACUUGAUUUGUAUUAUAUUUGUGCCUUUAAAUGGCAAAUUGUUUCAUUUCAUAAAUGACACACCUUUUACCAUGUUUUAUUACUCUUUUGUACUAUACUUUAAAUAACAGCGUUGACAGCUUUAUUGUUAGUAAAUUUUACAAAUUUCACGAUUUUAAUAAAAUUUUAUCAAAUUCUGGAAACUAUGGAGAUCACUUGGAACCAUUUGGAAACACUGUACAUUCAGUAACUUCUCUAAAAUUAACUGAAAAUGAUGUGAAUCCACUGAAUUUAGUGGCCGAUGAUGGAGAUUUAUCAAAUUCCUCUACUGGAGUAGAAGUGUUGGAUGGUGACUCUGAGAAGGAGAGCCUGGAAUAUUUGAAAUUGAACGAUUAUAUGUGCAGUAGUUUCUUAAAAUAUGCCUUGAGUAUAAUUUUGGGCCGUGCUUUACCAGAUUCAAGGGAUGGUCUUAAAGUUGUUCAUCGUAGGAUUAUAUGGGCCAUGCACAUGUUGAAACUGGAUCCGAAUGGUCAGUAUCGUAAAUGUGCUAAAGUGGUUGGAGAUGUCUUGGGUAAUUACCACCCUCACAGUGACAAGAGCGUGUACGACGCGCUAUGCAGACUCUCUCAGGACUUCAUCAUGAAAGUGCCACUAAUCGAUGGUCACGGGAAUUUUGGUUCAAAUAAUGAUCCUCCAGCCGCUAUGCGUUAUACCGAAUGCAGAUUAACCAAUUUUUCUAAGAUGAUAAUGCUGAAUGAUAUAAAUUUCAAUACUAUUGAUUAUAUACCAAAUUUCGACAAUACCAAUAUUGAGCCGAUGGUGUUGCCUUGCAGAUUACCUAAUAUACUAAUUAAUGGUUCUUCUGGUAUUGCUGUUGGACUGGCAACUAAUAUUCCUCCACACAAUCCCACCGAAGUCAUCAACGCAACCAUACAAUUCAUCAAGUCACAUCUCAAUACUACUACUGAAACUACUGCUGAAACUCGUUCUGAUACUACUGUUGAUGGUCUCAAGGAUGAUAAGAAUGUUGAAAUUGUUAAUGAGGUUAUGGGACCUGAUUUCCCAACUGGAGGAGUCAUAAGGACGACAAGAGAAGCUAUGAGGAAAAUAUAUGAGAGCGGUAAAGGGACAGUGUUAAUACAGUCAAAAUUUGUAUUUGAAGAGAAGUUUAGAGAUGUGAUAAAUGUGUAUAAUAAUUUCAAGGAUAUAAAGUUUAAACAUAAUUCUAGAAUUUCAAUUGUCAUUAACCAAAUCCCCUACAACACACGAAUCAACGACAUAAUAGAGAACAUAAACCGUAAUAUAAAGAAUAAUAAUAUAAUUGGUGUGAAUGAUGUGAAAGAUGAGAGUGACCGUAACGGGACUCGAAUCGUGGUGGAGUUGAAGCGGAACAUAUCUUCAGUGAUUGAGAUUCAGGAGAUCAUGGCUAAACUGCAGAGACUCACAGAGUAUAAUUACAAGUGCAACUUCAUCACACUUGACCAAGAUAAACCAAUACGCUUCAACCUCUAUACUAUCCUGAAGAUUUGGCUCGACUUUAGGCUUAAAGUUCUCAAAAGGAAAUACAAGCACUUGUUACUCAAAUUGAAAAAGAACCUAGAUAUUAUCAAUGCUUACAUCAUCAUUUAUCUCAAUAUCAACACCAUUAUCAACUCUUUCCAAAAUCACCAGAAAGGAGUGUAUAAAGUAUUGAAGGAAGAGUUUAAGUUGAAUGAUGACCAGAUGAAGAGUGUGAUGCGUCUAACGUUGAGGCAGUUGAAUCAGCUAAAUAUCGAUAAUUUGAAGGAAAAGUCUGGAGAAUACACGAAGCAAAUUGAGUUUUAUGAGAAUGUCCUAAACAACGACACUAAUCUGUACAAUGAAAUUAUCUCAGACCUGACUGAGUUGAAGGAUCAUUUCAAAAAUAUCAAGAGAAAUACAUUAAUUAUCUAUACCGACGAGGGUUCUAAUUUUGAAACUACUGUCGAAGGGGUUGAAGGGCCUGAGGGUACUAGUGAAGAUAAAGUUGAUCCUUCAGUGGUAGAAUCUGACGAUAACAUUAUCAUCUACAACAGUCUUGGUAGAAUUAGUAAAAUCAAAUUAGACCAAAAAUUCUACAAAUCCAACAAAAAUAAAUCAAUACGCAUUUCUAAUCCUAUCCACUCCCAUUCCACCACUCCCGAUACGAGCAUAGAAUCCUCAACUCCUGAUUCAAAUAAGAAUAAUCGUGCUAAGAAGGGUGAGACUAAAAUUGAUGAGGCUGCGGCGUUGGAAGUGGGUUAUUGCAGUAAUAAUAACAGUAAUAAGAUAAUAAUAAUACUGAAAAACGGCAGAAUAAUGCAUGUGAAUAGCAGUAAACUGAAACUCUGUAAGAAAGGCUAUGAUAUGUUCAAGUAUUUGGGUAUUAAAAAUGACGAAAUGAUUGAAUAUAUUACAUCAAUAGGAAAACAUCUUGGAGAUAUAAUAAUGGUUGGAUAUGGUAAUGGUAUAAUGACUAUUUGCAAUACCAAUAGGCUGAAUUUGAAACUAUCAAAGACUAAGCUGAACCUUAAACUUAACCUUAAAAAUAAAGAAAUCAAGUUCUUUUUCAAUUAUAACCUUAAUCACAUUUCACAAAACCCAUUUCUUUUCAUUUGUACUAAAAGAGGAUAUUGUAUAAAAAUAAGUUUAAGGAGUAUAAUGGAGAAGUUCGAUAAGAAAAAGAAUGUGAAGCUGAUAAGAUUACACAAAGGCGACGAGGUUGUUUCUUCAUGCCUUGCAAAUGACCAACAACACAUACUCAUCUUAACCUCCAAGGGCAAAUAUAAACUAAUUAAUAUCAAUGAUAUCAAGUUACAAAAAAUUAAAGGAAAAGGGUAUAACAUACUGAGGAAUUCACAGAAAUCAAUUAAAAAGAGCGGAGGCGACAAUUCAUCAAAUUUGGAUGAGGCGGUAUCUUGUACAAAUGUGGAUAAAAUAAAAGAAAAGAAGAAUAUAUUACUGAUAAGUAAGGGUGGUAUCCUGUGUAAGAAAUCACUGUACUUAAAGCCAGGCCUAAGGCAUCACAAGACUAAGAAACUGUGGAAUAAUAUACCAAGCAAUGACCAGUUAACAUAUUCUAAGCUUUUAUAAUCUCCUCAUAUUAUUU